AUGACAGACUCUGAGCUUGCAGGGGAUGAAAGGGAGGAUGGAGAACUGGAAGAUGGAGAAAUAGAUGAUGAAGGAAUUGGGAUUGAAGAAGAGGCCAAAGAGACGAGUGAAGUGACAGAAGACAAAGAAAAAGACAAAGAACGAGAAAAAGAUAAAGAAAAGGACAAAAAGGAAAAAGAGGAGAAGAGUCACCGACACUCCAGAAAACGCUCCAAGAAAAACAGAGACAAGAAGAAAUCCAAGCGCAGGCGACGGGACAGACAGAAGCAUCACUCCCCUUCGAGCAGCUCCAGCUCUGACAGCUAUGACUCUGACUAUGAUCGCCCAGACAGACCGAAAAGCAGAAAACGGCGUGACUCCGAUGGCCUGUCCUCACAGCAGCACGGGAGAGACUCAAAGGGAAGCCACGGCACCUCACAGAAGUCCCCGCCUCAUAAGGGCAGCGACUACGACAAAUACAGCGACUAUAGCGACGACAAGUACGACUAUGAGGAGGAGGAGGACGAGUACGAUGAAGAGUCAGAGUACUCUUCACGGGGGCGGCAUUCCAAGAGAGGCAUGAGGGGCUCUAAACAACAGUAUGGUGGGCGGGGCCGUGGGCGUGGAGUGAUGCCCGGCAGAGGUCGAGGGAAGAAGCUCCGAGGCGGCAAACCCUGGGGCGGCCGCGGCAGAGGAAGAGGAGACGCCAUGGACGAGGAUAAAAAUGCUUAUCCGAAAAAAAGGCCAAUCAUGAGCAAGGAGUUUAUAAAUCAGCACACAGUGGAGCACAAUGGAAAACACAUCUGCAAAUAUUUCCUGGAGGGUCGAUGCAUUAAGGGGGACCACUGCAAGUUUGAACAUGAACUCAUCCCACUGGAUAAGAAGAAGGAGCUGUUGGCUGCACAUGAAUACCCCUGCAAGUUCUUUCACACUGGAGCCAAGUGCUACCAAGGCGACAAGUGCAAGUUCUCCCAUGAUGUUUUGAAUGAUGUGUCAAAGGAGUUGCUUAGUAAGAUCGUCAGCACAGAGGAAGAGAAUAACGAUGAGCUGGAGCUGGAGGACCUGAGGAAACACGGCAUCGCUCCGCUACCGAAGCCUCCUCCAGGGGUGGGUCUGCUGCCCACGCCGGGCCAGAGCAGCCCCACAGACAACGGUCAGGCGGGGAAGAAGAUCCCGUCCCUGUUUGAGAUCAAAGUCCAGCCCACUACAGACCUGGCUCAGAAGAUUGCUCUGGGUGGACCAGAGUACGAGGACGAUGGCACAGACCAGUUCACAGGAGGGACAGAAGGCAUGCCUCUAGAUGGAGCUCCUCCUUCAGGAUCUCCUGGGGCCCGCAUGGCCCACAGGGCCCGCAUGGCCCACAGGGCCCGCAUGGCCCACAGGGCCCGCAUGGCCCACAGGGCCCGCAUGGCCCACAGGGUCCGCAUGGCCCACAGGGUCCGCAUGGCCCACAUGGCCCACAGGGGCCUCAUGGCCCACAGGGUCCUCAUGGCCCACAGGGUCCUCAUGGCCCACAGGGUCCUCAUGGCCCACAGGGUCCCCAUGGCCCACAGGGUCCUCAUGGCCCGCAUGGCCCACAUGGCCCUCACGGCCCACACGGCCCACGCGGCCCUCACGGGUUUCCUCCCAUGGGCCCGGGUCCUUUCCCACCAAACCCCCCACCGAUGA